UUCAGCGUGGGUGUGUGGUGAUUGCAGGAUUGGAAUUUCUACCUUUAGUGAGCCUAGUUACCAUUUUAGAACCUAUUUUAUUUAUUUAUCGAUAUCAAAUUAGCUCCUGCUUGAUAUUUCUGUUGAUUAUGGAUGGCCACUAUUUUUGAUAUUGUAAUAUACUACAAGGCCACUGCGUCCUGUAGGUUAUUCUUUGAAACUUUAAAGUGACACGGUUCUAACUGAAUCCAGCGUGACGUUCCGUGUACAUUAACUUUACGAUCUGAUUUUGUUUUACGAGAGUGUCUUGAGACGAACUUUGGCUUCUUUCUCAUUAAUUUAUGAAAUAAUACCAAGUUGUCUCGUGUUAAUUUGUUAUCUUAUUGUAUUAAUUGGUCGCGGAAGUGAUUUCACUGUUUACAACUGCAGGAGUAAACAUGUCUUCCAAAGGUCAAACAUCAGGUAAAGACCCAAAAGUAUCAAAAAAAGAGGUCAUGUUGACACGCCACAAGUCAGCCCAGAUGAAGCGACAGCUGCGAACCAAAGAUCGGAGCAUGAAACACAUUACUGACCUUCUCAAAAGCCCAACGAAGGAAACCUUAACUAAAACUGUACCGGUAAAAAAGAAACCAUCUCCCAAAGGCAAGCAAUCAUUGCUUCAAAGUGUAGAAAAGAUACAGAAUCUACCUCAAAAGACUUUUAAACUGUCAAAAGUUCUGCGUAAAGAGAUUCUCCUGGUCCAGGAUGAAGAGUACCAUCCGAAUAAGAGGAAGAGAAAGCUGACAGUUAAUAAAGUAGUGUUGAAGCCGAAGCCUAAUAUGAAGGUAGUUGGGGAAAUAGCUGGGUCUGUUAAGAGGAAGUAUGCUGUUCCACUUAAGGCAUCAGACAAAGUUCACCAACCACAGCCUGCACACACAGACUCCGUUAAGCUGUCAAUGGAAUGUGCAAAGCUGAGCAUGGCAGAAGCCAUCCAGAUUAUGGACGAGCAGCUGACAGACGAGGACCUGAUGGAGAUCCUGACCUGCCCCAGCCCGGUGUGGUGGGAGGACCCGCCCGAUGAAGACUAUAUUGAAGAAGCACUCUUCACAAGGUCUCCUCCUGUCACUGAAAAGAAAGACGGUCGUCCAGCCACCCCAGCACCCAUGGAAGUUGACACGGAAAUAGCUGAAACUGAUACUGGUAAAAUUAUCUCGAUACCUGGUCUGAGUGCUAAAAGCGACAAUUUUAUGAAGAAAAGAUCCAAACUUGAAGAUUUACUGGGCAAUAUUAAAGAUAAAAGCAAAAAGCAAAAGGCAAAAGCAAGAAAUGAAGACGUUAUGGUUAUCUGCUCAAAUUAUCGUGCUAAUAAUGAUAUUAAAAAAGAUGUGGCUAGUGGUGAAAUCGAAGAUGUGGCUAAUAAUAAAAUUGAAGAUGUGGCUAAUAAUGAAAUUGAAGAUGUGGGAAAUAAUAAAAUUGAAGAUGUGGGUAAUAAUAAAAUUGAAGAUGUAUCUAGUAAUAAAACUGAAGAUGUGGGUAAUAAUAAAAUUGAAGAUGUGUCUAUCAAUAAAAUUGAAGAUGUGGCUAGUAAUAAAAUUGAUUAUGUGGCUAGUAAUGAAACUGAAGACAUGGCUAGUAAUGAAAUGAGAGAUGAUGUGGCUAAUAAUGAAGUGGAUGAUGAUGUGGCUAAUAAUGAAAUAGAAGAUGCGGCUAGUAAUGGAAUGAGAGAUGAUGCGGGUAAUAAUGAAAUUGAAGAUGUGGCUAACAAUGAAAUCGAAGAUGUGGCUAUUAAUGAAAUUGAAGAAGAUGUGGCUAAUGAUGGAAUUGAAGAAGAUGCGGCUAAUAAUGUAAUUGAAGAAGAUGCGUCUAAUAAUGAAAUUGAAGAAGAUGUGGCUGAUAAUGAAAUUGAAGAUUUAACUAAAAAUGAAAAAGAUGUGGCGAAUAAUGAAAUUACAAAAGACGUGGCUAAAAAUAGAGAAAAAACAGAAACGAAAUUAUCUGAAUCUGAUGAUGAAAUUAUAUUGCAUAAUAGCAGUAUGAAUGAAGAUGAAUUGCUAAAGGAUUUGGAAAAUAUGGAUAUUCCUAUAGCGAAUGAUGUGAUAGUGAUAGAUGAUGAUGAUGAUGAUGAUGAUGAUGAUUUUUUAGAGAAGCCAACUGAAAAUACAGUAAGUCAAGAAAGUAAAAAAGAAGAUGAUGAAAUAACAAUUAAUAGUGAUACUAAUAAAGAAUCAAGUAAAGAUACAGAUAAUAUAAAAGAAGAAGUGCCAAAAAACUUACCAGUGCUACAAAAGUGUAACUUAAGCGAAGAUACGACGUCCCCAAAGUCAUUAGAUAGCCUAAGUUCGAAAUCAAGCUCACAGUCAAGUGUCGUUUCAUCUAGUAAAGACAUUGAUACCAUCUCUGAUACUAACGUAAGAUUUGUAAUAGAAGAUGAAGAAGAUAGAAAUAAAAUGGUUACCCAAGACAAUGAGACAAAUAAAUGCAAUAACAAUGAAUUAACUGCGUCAGAUAAAGAAGCAAUUAAUGACAGUAUAACAGUUUACAAAAUAAUUGCAGAAAUUAGUGAUAAAACUGAUAAUACUAACGGUAAUGAAAAAGCUACCCCAAAUGAAAAUAUACUUAACAUAGUUGAUGCGAAACUUAAUGAUUAUUUUAAGAAGUGCAAAAAAGUCAAUCAAAAAAAGAAAAAGGAAACUGAUAUAAAUAAAAACGAAACAGCACAAAAUGGAGAUGCAGAUUAUUCGACAGUAUCUUGUGAUAAAUGCAAACCUACAUUUAAAAAGGUGUCAGAAAAUGAAAAUGUCAAGUAUUGCUUGAAAUGUUCCUCGAUUUUUGACUCAAAAGACUGUACGUAUUGUAUUAAUAAAUUAAACGGAACAUGUGUACCUUGUAAAAUUAAAUUUUGCUGUGCAAGUUAUUACAAAAUUCAUACAUUAAGUUGUACUAAACUUAGAAGUACAAGUAUAAGUAAGGAGGAGGUCUGCGUUGUUGGUAAAAAACUAGAUAAUGUGGAUACAUUACAGUAUAAGCCCAAGGAAGAACAUACAUUAAGUUGUACUAAACUUAGAAGUACAAGUAUAAGUAAGGAGGAGGUCUGCGUUGUUGGUAAAAAACUAGAUAAUGUGGAUACAUUACAGUAUAAGCCCAAGGAAGAACAUAGGAUAGUUUUUAUCCCAAAACUUGUCCCUUGAAAGUGAAAGGGGGGGGGGGGGAGUUUGUAUGGGUAAUCAAUAACCCCUGAAAUUAUUUAGAAGAAAUCUACCUCUCUUUCUUGACAUGUGUCUUUGACUUAGUUGACAAUGAUACAAAACCUGACAAUAGAAUCUAACUAAAAAAAAAUAGUACAUUGUGCAACGAGGGGGGGUAAGUGAAACUAUGCAAACGAGGUCUUAGAUGCACGACAGCCACAGGCUGGAGUACAUUGAAGACUCUAGUUUGUAAUAUUCAUUCCCCCGGGAGUUACACACAAUAUUUUUUCAUCAGACUUGCGAAGAAAAAACUAAAUUUUAAGCAAAAUAAUUCUUCAAUACCGUGACAUUUCACUUCCUCCGCCAUAUUGUUUUUUUUUGACAGGUUAGGCAUUGAAGGCACAGACCUAUCCGGGGCCACGAUUGAAAAUUCUGUAAAUAAUAGUACAUUACGAUACAAGUGCGAAAAAUAGGAAAUUCAAAACGAGUGGCGAUAAAUUAAAACACGACCGAAGGGAGUGUUUUAUAUCGACUCGAGUUGCGAAUUACCUAUUCGCACAUGUAUCGUACAACGUUUUACAGUACAUAUGGCCCUUUAAAUGUUCGACACAGUAACGUAAUAUGCUAAUUUACGCACUAGUGCGCUAAAGUAGCACCAUAUGUACUGUAAAUAUAUUAAUCAAAUUAAAUAUUUUUAAAGAUAAACAAUAAAAAUAAAUUAUAAACGUCAGUAUUUUAAAAGUAAAACUAAUUGAUACCUACUUGGUUCGUAUGAAUUAGUGACACAAUUGAAAGAAAGCUAUAACUCCCUCGGCAAAUAUGGGUUUUAUUUCACAAUCCAUAACUCCCGCGGGAACUAUACAAGUCUUUAUCCUUCAGUAUACUGCAUGAAAUAAGAUCUUUUUCGAGCAAGUUUGAUGAAAAAAUAUCAGCCUCAGACGUCGCCGACGCUGAAAACGUGUGACUGUUAAUGGUUUGUUGUACUUAUUCAGGAACUAUGAGAACUGAAACCCUUUUUUUCCACUCUUCGACUGUAAUGGUUUUUUUUUUGUAUACCAAAAUAUAAUUGCGUACUUUUCAUGUAUGGGCUCCCAUUCAACUAAAAGAUUCAUUUCGAUACACUGUAGUCAAUUGUAAAAACGUAGCGCGUAUGUAGCGCGUUUAUGUCUACUGAGAUACAGGGUGGACAAAUAAGAAUGAUACACUUUGUUUUUAAAUUUUAAUUACAUUAAGUGGAAAUUUUAUUAAAUAUUUUUUCAUAAAUAUAUUAUUCAGGGUUGGCAAUUGUAUACGGAAGAUAAUUUCUGCCAAAUGUCUACCACUAGCAGCAAGCAAUUUUAUCUCAAAUGUUUCUGUUGUUUAAAACACGUUGUUUGUUCGAUUAAUUUUGAAAAAAAGUGACAGUGAUUGGCACCCAAAUUCCCCAAAUUUUGCAGCUCUUGACUUAGUUCUGUGGGGCUAUCUAAAAUUACGUGUCUAUGCUAACGAGCUGAUGAAAUUUAACCAGUUAAAACCGACUAUUCGACACAAAUGUACUAAGAUAAUGCCAAAAAUGUGCGAAUAGAUGCUGAACAUUGGGAUGAUAAGGGCUUAACAUUUGCCUGCUGUUAGAGGUGGACAUAUGACAGACAUUAUGUUUCGCAUGAAUUUGCCAACCCUGAAGAAUAUAUUCUUAAAACAAUACUUAAUAAUUUUUGAACUUAAUACAGUUAAAAUUUAAAAACAAAAUGUAUACUUCUUAUUUAUAUAUAAUAAUAAUAUAUAAUAUAAAAAAAAAAAAAAAAAAAAAUAUAAUGUCCUAUAAUAUAUUAUAAUAUUAUUUGCCCACCCUGUACUUAUCAAUUUUCAUCAAUUAUUUAGGUUUUAUAUAAAAAAGUAUAAAAGUAUUAUUUUAGACGACUUGUAGAAAAAAGUAUUGUAUACAGUAGUGAAAUAAUCUCGUAUCUUAGGCAACUCCGCAAGCUUCGUUGCCAAAACACUGUACUCGACUGAAAGGAUUCCUAUUAUAUCACUAUUGUAGUAGACAUGUAUGUUGGGGUUGGCGGCCGUCACCUUAGAACAGUCGCCAUAAGAUAUAUCGGAGCGCCCAAGGAGAUUAAAAACAUGUACAGUCAACCAAUUUGAAUCCUAGGCCACUAUAGAACCUUGUCGCUUUAACUACUAGAUACUUGACACGCAUCAUGGCAUGAAGUCAUUAUGGCAUGGUUCUAUAGUGGCCUAGGAAUCAAAUUGGUUGACUGUACUUUAACGUUUUGGUAAUAGAGGCGUUGUUCAGUACCCCCAGUGUAAAUAAAUUCGAUUUCGAAACGUGACGUACGCGUUUGCGUUUAGUCUCAUUUUGUAUUGGAUUUAGAAAGAGCGCGCCAAGCGGGACGUUUUGGAAACUCAAAAUCCUAUACAAAAUGAGACUUAACGCAAACGCGUUCGUCACGUUAUGAUGUCGAUCAAAUUUACACUAGGGGUACUGGUAUUUGUGAACACCAUGGCCGCUCCGAUAUAUCUUAUGCCGACUGUAUGAACAUCUCACGCAGUUUACUACAAUACGAAUUAUACUUAUCCUCUGUAUCUUUAGGUAUUUAAAUAAAAAUAAACAUACAAUUUGUACAUUUUCGGGUUAUAACAUUUAACCAACCAAAUACAAAACCGCCUGGAUCUGUCACUGAACGACCCGACUUUAACCUACAUUAUUUGAUCAUGUAAUGUUUUCAUCUACCCUCAACUGGCUUAAGGAGCCAUUUGAGGGUAGAUUUUGUUUACUUUUAUUUAAAUACUUAAAGAUACAGACCAUAAAUCAAAACAAAAUUGUUGCGGAAGAGCUAUAAAUACUAGCACCUAAUAAAAACAUAAUGCAUGUCACAUUGUAUUGUAAAUCAAAACCACUUGCUCAAUAAAAUUUAAGUUAUUUUUAGCGUACUUCAUGGCUGUUAUAUAUUUUUUUAAACGAAUUUUUGUAUUUUUUUUUUUAAAUGUGCUAAAACUGCUAAAGAAUGUGUAAAUCAAGUCAUAUUUGUUUAACCUCGAUUGUUUUGGUCGAAGGAUUUUUUCAAGGAUUAAUAUAGUACAUUACGAUACAAGUGCGAAAAAUAGGAAAUUCGAAACGAGUGGCGAUAAAUUAAAACACGACCGAAGGGAGUGUUUUAAAUCGACACGAGUUGCGAAUUACCUAUUCGCACAUGUAUCGUACAACGUUUUACAGUACAUAUGGCCCUUUAAAUGUUCGACACAGUAACAUAAUAUGCUACUUCUCGCACUAGUGCUAUAAAGUAGCCCCAUAUGUACUGUAAAGCAUAAUAAAUAUAAUCGGCAAAUAUAACAUGAUGUGAAAAAGUGAAGAAAUAUGGGUCAUAUUCCUUUCCUAAAUAAAUCUUGUGAUAUACCCUUUAUUAAUGUAUAUAGAUUGAUCGUUAUUAUGAUGUGAUAUAUGGUAUACAAUCCAAUUUUUUGUGGAGACGGUGAGACUCGAUCCUAGGAGUGACUAAGUCCUUUAAAUUAUUUAUUUUAACUUUAUUGUACAAAAUACAAAAAUAUCGUGCAAAUGGCGAACUUGAUGCCUAAUAGUAAUGACAUACAAUUCAUAAUUAUGUGACGUCUUGGCUCCGUUGUAUGGUUGUAUGACACGGUGGUAAAUAAAACAGAUUAUGAUCGUAUGCCUUGCGACCCAGCUGCUCGCUCGGCACUUGACAGUUGUCGACUUGCAGGUAGAUUCACAAAUACUUUUAUUGUGUAAACGUCACAAUUAUAAUAGCAAUAGGGUUGUUUCCAAAUUUUUGAAACGCUUGUAUUACGUUCUACAUUAACUAAAAGUUGCCCUAAAGUUCAACUUUUAUACUAAAAACGGCUUUAAAUAUGUUAAAUUAACAAAAUAUCUUUUGACAGAUGCUUUCGCGCCCAAAACGCUCUUUGAAAAUUAUGUGACGUCACAGUUUACGGUUUGACACAUAACUACAUACAUACGUAGAAGAUACAAACUGUCAACUGAUAUUUGUCAUUUGUAGUUUAUCGCCUAACUGUCAACAGUGUCAAUCCGAGAGUUGUGACGUCAUCAGAAUCUUUAAUGACGUUCCGAGUUUGGUCACGUGACGUGUGUCAAAAGAUAUUUUAAAUUCAAUAUUUACAAAAAUAUGGUCAUCACAGGUCCCCUAAAAGUAGUUUAACAUGUUCUUAUAAUCCAAAAGAAUUUAUUGGGAUACAAUUCUGCCCUAAGAUUUGUAGAUGGAAAGAACCCUAUUCUAACGUUACCACGUCGUCAAAAUCAGAAUAUUAAGGUAGUUCCUUUUAGGACACUUAUUUUUAAUUUAUUGGCAAUUGUGGUUUUAUAGUUUAAGUGCCCAAGUCUCCCGUAUAAAAAAAAAGUGAAUGAUGUUACGUGUUCUGUACCCCUAGUGUAAAUAAAUUCGAGUUCGAAACGUGACAUACGCGUUUGCGUUUAGUCUAAUUUUGUAUGUGAUUUAGAAAGAGCGCGCCAAGCGGGACGUUUUGGAAACUCAAAAUCCUAUACAAAAUGAGACUUGACGCAAACGCGUUCGUCACGUUAUGAUGUCGAUCAAAGUUACACUAGGGGUACUGAAUGACUUCGGAUAGAAUAAAAUACUUCGCAGUGUGUUCUUUCUUUUUGUUGUCACGUUUCUAUUUUUAUCUUUUAUCAAAUAUAUAAUUUGUAAUUAUAAGUUGAAUGUUAUUGCAUGUAUUUCUAGCUAUAUAUUAUAAUUCUCUUGAGAAAAAUUUAAAGAUAAAUUGCACCCAAUACAAAAAGCUCCACUCUGUCAAAUUAUUUGGGGACAAAAACACUACAACGAAAAUAAUAUUUGACCCGCGAAAGGCGUCAACUUUCGGCACGCUGCGCGAAUCGAAGUUGCCGCUUUCAGACUUCGUCGAACAGAAAAAUAGUGUACACACCUCGUUCAUUAAAAAAAAAACUUCAGAUCACACGUUUGUGAACCUCGACUUCGCUUCGGCCGACAAUUCCAUGUGAUCCGAGACAUUUAUUACAUUACUGUAUGUAAUUACAAUACAAUAUAUGUUGAUACUUUCCCGCACUGGUGCGGGAAUAAGCACGUUCCGUGCCUAUGUCGGAAACUUAAAGGGCCGUAUGCACUGUAAAACGUACGAUACACGUGCGAAUAGGUAAUUCGCAAUUCUUGUCGAUAUAAAACACUUCCCUUCUCCCUCCCUUCGGUUGUUUAAAUAUAUCACCACUCGUUGCGAAUUUCCUACUUUCCGCACUUGUAUCGUAAAUAACUAUUUGAGCUUACUCCUAAGUAUCUCAUGUGUAUCUCGAAUGAGUAUAGUUGAAUACCACUGUAAAAUACUAGUAUUUAAGGCGAAGAAUAGUAUUAAUAUUAGUGGCAAUAAAAUAUUAAGAAAUA